UUUCGAUGUUACCGACAGUUUUAUAGAUGUCACAAAUCGAGAUCAUGCAAAAUGUCAUAAUAAAUUAACAGUGUAUGAAUUCCUUAUUGUUUUUAGUUCGAUUUGAAUAGCGCGCAGUUAGUAGUGUAUGUUAGUGAUUUAAGUACAAAUAGACGAAAUAUAUCGUUAAUGACUAUUAAUUAUGCACGACAAGUUUAGAUUACUCAAUAAUUUGUAUAUUUUGUUUACCAUUUAGAACUUAUAAAAGGAUAAAAUAUGUAUUGUAACUAUUAAUAGCUCUUUAUUGUGCUCUAUCUGUACAUGUCAAAUGUCAGCUACUAUUUAAACCAUGACAAAUUCUGUAAGCAAGUAGGACAAUUGCAUUAAACCAUUUAAUUUAUUGUUAAGUUUAAAAAGUGUAUCCACCAAAAUGACUACCUUAGAAAACGAAGAAUUCGAACUAAUGAAAGAUUCGAAAUAUCGUAUGUAUGUUGGUGCCGUUGAUAAGGCACUGAAAAACUUUGAUUACACAUCGGAAUGGGCAGAUCUUAUUGCAGCCCUCGCAAAAUUAAACAAGGUAUUGUCGAGUUACUCCAAAUAUUCCGUUAUUCCUAGAAGAAUUAAAAUUAGUAAACGACUUUCACAAUGCAUGCAUCCAGCUCUUCCAUCAGGAGUCCAUUUAAGGGCUCUGGAUACAUACGAUCUUAUUUUUACAAGUAUGGGGCCCAACAGACUCUCUAGUGAACUUUUUAUUUAUAGUGCUGGACUCUUUCCGUUAAUGGGUCAUGCAGCAAUGAACAUAAGGCCCACCCUUUUAAAAAUAUAUGAAACACACUUUGUACCCCUAAAGGAAAGAUUAAGACCAGCUUUGGGUGGAUUUUUAAGUGGUAUUUUGCCAGGUUUAGACACUGGCUCGGAUCACUUUGAAAGAACCACAAAUUUGCUAGAAAACGUUUGCGAGGGUGUAGGACCCCCGUAUUUUUACACUUGCAUUUGGCAAUGUGUAGCAAACAAUAGUCCAGUUCGCUUGCCGGCCAUAAGCUACGUUUUAGCGCAUUACAGUCGAAAAUCGUCCAUGGAGGACCAGCUGCAUUUGAUGGGACAGGAUGUAGGAUUAAUGGUAAGUGGCCUAUGCGCAGCAGUACAAGACAUUAGUGUCUUAGUGCAACGAUCCGCCCUGGACCUUCUAAUGGUAUGCUUUCCUAUGAAAAAUAGGCAACUUUUGUACGCCGACAUGGUCCGAUUAGUUACAGCAGCACUGUCUACCAUACUUAGGCGGGACAUGUCCUUAAAUAGACGUUUAUAUUCCUGGUUACUAGAAAACGAUGCAAAUAUAACCAUACCCGUAGUACAAAAUGCGACAGAAAAUGGCGUCCGCUCGCCCCACAGCAUCGCCUACGACUUGCUGAUAGACUCUAUAAAAAUUAUCCUGCAAAAAUGUAGCACCGAAAUCCCACUGGACAUAAAACCCUACAGACUUCUAACAUCGCUGUUCGACAAACCCCAAAUUGGGCCCGUCAUUUUGGACACAAUUCUUUACGAUGUUUUUAGGACGCUGUAUUUGUCCUGCCUACAUCAGCAGAAACACAAAAGCACGCCGGGCAGGUGCGUUUCGUUCAACGGCGACCUGAAAAGUUUAAAAUCCGAAGAUAAUGCUUUAAAUAAAGUCUUCGUCACGACCAACUGCCAGGAGCUAGUCAAAAACGCGAAUGUACUAUUCAACACACUGCAAAGCUACUACAUAUGGCAGUACAUAGAAAAAUUGUUCGAGGAAUCGCUAAAAAAUAUAAAAGAUUACAAAUACAGGGAUAGGUGUCAAGUGAAUGAUGUGGGGAGUGGCGCUCCCCACAUUCUCGAAAUUUGUAUUCUGACCGACUUUUUAUUAGACAUUAUACCCGUGGAAAGCUACACAAAAAGCACGUCCAACAUACUGCCCAACCUCUUCACUAAAAUAAUAACUACGCUUAAAUUAAACAUUAAUAUAGUAAAUCAGCAUGAAAUCACGCAAAGUCUAAAACUGUGCCUGAAAAUAUUAACGAAAAUACAGCCCAUGUCUUUGGAGAUUGAGCAAGAUCUCGAAGUACAGUCCACAUCAAUAGCAAUUGAACAAGAUGAUUCCAUAGCGGAGGAAAAAAAUGAAGAAGACGAAUUAAGAACGUUAGAAAAGAGUAAAUCGGACUCCAAAAUAAACGAGAAUAUCGACAAAAACGAGCUGACCAUAGACGAUGGUAGUCGGGAGAGAUCCUACAGCAAUCAAAUGCUGAAGAACCUUAGAAAAGUCCCGAGUCCCAGAAUAGAAAAGAAAAAUAAAAACAAAAAGUCCAAAUCGAGUUCCAAGCUCUACGAGCUCAAAAAAGAUGAUCAAACCGAGUCGCUAACAAUGGAAAGCGGCAGUGUUAGUCAAGAAGUUAAAAGUAAAGAUUUUGCGCCCCUAAAAAUCGCCAAAAUCGAGAACAAAUAUUUCGUUAAAUGCCUAGAAGAGUACAAAAAAUUCUACAUAAUUUUUAUGAGAUCCAAAAUAUUACCCUCAGUCGAUAUACAGGAUUUCUUCAACAAAUUAAUCUCAGACAAAAAUCAGGAGUACAAAAGACUUGAAAAACUGCUCGAUAGAAGGCUGAGUGAGGGGUACGAUUUAGCAUUCGAUUUAAAAAUGUUUCCACACGAAAAAUCUCUCGAUAUAUCUCAAAACAUCGCCCCUGAGUACGCGGAAUGCGAGUACGAGCAAUCGAUGAACGUAGCGUCAAAUAUUUUGUUGGAAUUCUCCGCCUUUCCCAACUUACUGCAGACCUCGAUGGAAAAAAGUUUACCGCAGUGGCUAACAACUCUUAUAGUUUCCGCUUGCUGCAAGGAUUCUUCGAGGGACGUGCAAAUCACCGCCAUGAAUACGCUGCUGGAGAUUUUUAGUUUGGCCAAAAACCAAAAUUAUCAGAAGAAAAACGACUCCACGGUGCAUAUUGCAGGGUUUUUACAAGAGGCCCAUGUAAUUUUUGUCGAGGAAAACACCAAUGUUAUAGAGGAAAUAUCUAAAAUACUAUGGAACCUACUAGGAAUAUUAACAGAUCAAGUUCAGUUAAUGCUUUGCGUCACUUUGCUAUAUCAAAUCCACAAUACCUUUGAUAGCAAAUUGUUUGUCGAGCAAGUGAUUAGUCAAUGUUUAUCCACGGAUAAUAUAUCCGUGGCAUAUGUGAAGCAAUUUUUGUUGCUUUGGCAUUUAGGGAGAGAACUAAACGUUAAACUGCCACCUACCAAGUCCCAUAUACGUAAUUUUGAUAGAUCAUUGCUGAAAAUACUUGAUAAUCUGCAAAACAGGGAAAAACCAAACCUACAACUACUAUCAGAAUCGUUUUUGAAUCACAGUUUAUACCACAACGAUAUACCGCGCAUAAUAAACCCAAUAUUAACUAAACUGCUUGCAUCUAACACUGCAAGAAUAUCCAUAAGAAAUGUAAAUAUCCACCCGUCUGAUAUACAGGGUGAAAAUAACGUUAAUGAUAAUUAUAAGGUGGAGGAACGAGAAUCGAAACAAAUCUACGCUGUGAGUAGCGUUAACGGGAAUAUUAUGUAUCACGUGACUGACGGGCCUAGUCCUAAGCCGCCCAAGAAAAAAUGGUUUCCAUUUCCGAAGACGGUAAAAAAGUUUUCGCCUACUAUUGUUGAUACCACUACAAGUUUUACGGAAGAUUCUAGCAUAGUAACAAGAAAGAAUAAGGAUUAUAAGAAUGUCAGCAUGUCACCUAAGAUGGAGAAGAGCGCAAAAGGGAAUGUUAAGGUGAUUAUCAACCCUUUGAGUUCAAAGGAGAUUUAUCCUAAUGGUAUGGAUGGAUCUUAUUCUCUGCUGAGUUCUCGGCAUUCGUCUUCCGAAAGUUUGAGUUCUAGCAACGAUUGUACGCCCAUAAGUCACGAUGAAACACUAUUACCGCAAGAAAAUGGCGACAGGGAUUCUGGAUUUAUCUCCAUUAAAACACAGAAAUCCAAUAUCAAUAACAUAUGGGAAUCCAUGGAGCCCAUAUCGGAAGGUAUCAUAACCGUCGACAAUAAAGCCAAUAAAAUAACGAAAUCGCGCAGCUUCGACGAAAAAUCCAUCCAAAUCAAAGACGAAAACCUCGAGAACUCCCUGGUGCACAGUUGGUCGUACUGCAUCUCGGACUCGGACAACCUCAACGGCGAGCUGGAGUUCAGCAGAAGCGCCGAGGAGUUCUUCAAAGGCGGCGACAGUCAAGUAGUCUGCGAAAUCAUAAACGAGCUGAUAAACAAAGUGUGCGCCGAGUUGGACGAAGACGAUGUCGACGUCGACGCGACGCCUUCUAGACCGACGGACUUGGAUUUGAAGCAGAAAUCCGGCGCGCACACCUCGAACAAACUGUACCCGAUACACAACCAUAUUUGCUUGUACUACGAGAAAUUCGAUUCCAAUCAGAUUUUGUACGCCCUGGCGACCCUAAAGAGCUGCAUCCUCGCCAACUCGCAGCUGUUCAUCAAAUGCUUGGCUACCAGCGGGAUCAAAAAUCUCAAGAACAACGAUACACUGCAUUUACUGGCGCGGCAUCACAAGAGUUUUCAAGGGAACACGUUCUACGGAGAGUUGAAUCAGGACUACGUCAACCUCUACAGGGGCUUCAUGUUUUUGGACGUCAUCGUAUCCGUAUGCCUGAACUUUGCGCGCUCCUUCUUCGCGUGCCACAUGGAACACGAGGAAAUCGUCAACAACCUGAAAAUCCAACUGGAAAGUCUCGACAUCUUGGACGUUAUCGUAAGGAACCUCGCGAAGAUGGUCGACGAAAACUCGAAAGGUUUUUCCAGUUAUAUCGCCGAUUUGAUGGUGAAGUGCAACAUAAGGGAGGUUUUACUGCAUUGCCUUUUGACUUCGGUGAGGGAUUUCGAUGAGGAUAUCACGUUUGCCGAGGCCGUUUUGCUGCUGAAUGGGUUUCAGUUGAGCGAUUCAAAUAACAAGAUUGGGGAGCAUGUGGAGGCGUUCCAAAUACAAAUUUUGAAGGUGAUAAAAUCCUUAAUAAUCCUGGAGCAUUCAGUUACCGCACAGAAAGUAAGUGUUACCAACACCGAGCCAAAAACAACAAUAAACAGCGAGCAACUUAAUUACACUCCCAAAGACAGCAUACCGCAGCAAAGAAUAUUUCUCUCGUCGAUAAGAAGCGCCUUAAGGAACCCCAGAAUGAAAUGCCUGCACGAAAAAUGGCUGAACAUGAUCACAUCUUGCCUGCCUUAUUUCGGAGAAAAUCUCACGCAAAUAUCCAUAAGCGUCAUACAUCAAAUUUGCAAUAAUGUCGAAGAUAUCGCCGCCAACUACGGUAGAUCGCAUUUGGACGACGAAAUAUGCGCAGACUACGCGGUAACGCAGCUGGAGUCGCUUACCAUCCUCUGUCACUACUGCCUACUCGACUCGAGCCAGACGGCCAAUCAGAACGUCCCGGCCAGCGCCGCGACCCCGGUCACCACCAAUCCGGGCGAGAUAUUCAACAACCUUUUCAACGCCUUCUUCUCUCCGCUCGGCGUCGACGCCAACUUCUCCACGAAGCAAAACUCCGAUCACUAUCAGAGCGCGAGGAAGAAGAUCCUCAGUCACAUGCCUCGGAUUAUUUCCAGCGUUGCCAAGUUGUGGCAGACCGUGGUGAAUCUGGAGAACGACUACAACGGGCUGUAUGGCAACGCAAAGUUCGUGAAGCAGAAUUUGUUGGAGUUUUUAAGUCCGAUUUCUGUGAACCACGGCGCGAGUUUCGUGGCCGCUAUAGCUGUCGCCUGGCAUGAGAGGAGGAAUCCCUUUUCAAGCGUUAAAACGGUUUUACCAGAACCAAAUGCCGGCCAAAACAAUCUAGUUUACUUGAUAUCGGCUAUAAGAGUCAUUCCACUCGAUAAUUUAGUACAAACUGUUACGUCUGUGAUAAAAAACCCUCCCCAUACCGAAGAUUGUAGUAAUGACAGCCUGGACGUGUCCGUAUUGGAACUUUUUUAUUGUUAUAUGCGUAAGGCCUCCGCCACGCAGCUGUCAGAAGCUUGGGGUUCGUUAUUAGCUCUGAUCAGAGAGGGCUGCUCUCUAUCGCCGCCGGCUCAGUUUUUGUUGUCGGCCCUCUUGCACGAAUUAAUGAUAAAAUGUUGUCCAUUGGAAGAACGAAAAGACCAGAAAGACUUGCAGGAUGCAACUGCAAAACUUAUCGAGUGUGUCUCACAAGUGUGCGGUUCUUGUUUGGAGCAAACCACGUGGUUGCGGCGAAAUUUGGCCGUGAAAGAGCAAGAGGAUGAAAGUUUGCCAGAACCUAGUAGUAUUAUUAGCGGUUCAUCAAAUGAUAUUGCUUUUGCCAAUAGUUAUAGUGUGCAGGCUCAACUGGUUUUAUCUGAAAUAUUGGCCCCAAUCUUGGACAUAUGCUUCGGCUCGUCAGAAAAAGAUAAAGUCAACACCAUCCUGACCUCCUUGAUGUACAACAUAGUCCCGUAUCUGAAAAACCACACGGUCAAAAACAUGCCCAGCUUCUACGCAUGCUCCAAGCUUUUAGCCAGCUUAAGUAGUUACCAGUACACCCGGAAAGCAUGGAAAAAGGACGUUUUCGACUUGCUGCUCGACAAUUGUCUUUUCCAAAUGGAUCAUCAGUGUUUGAAGUUCUGGCGGACCAUUGUCGAUAACUUGAUGACGCACGAUAAUACUACCUUCAAGGAUUUAAUGAGUCGAGUAACGAUGACGCAAAGUGGAAGCCUAAACCUAUUCACAUCAAGAGAACAAGAAUACGAACAAAAAGCGCAACUGCUUAAAAGAUUAGCAUACGUUAUAUUUUGCAGCGAAAUGGAUCAAUACGCAAAAUAUAUGCCUGAUAUACAAGAACAACUUACAACCAGUCUAAGGCUGAACGUGCCAAACAUACAGGCGCAAGUGUUUCUGUGUUUCCGUGUUUUACUAAUAAGGAUGAGUCCUUUGCAUGUGACGUCACUAUGGCCUAUUAUUAUAAGUGAGAUGUUGCAAGUUUUCAUACAAAUCGAGCAGGAACUUUCCAAAACGUCUGAGGAGUUCAGUGCGCACAUCAAACUAAUGUCUACUCUGGACGCAAGCUGGGCGACCAAUAGCAGCAACGGACUACACGCCCUUGGCAAUCCUCAUUGGUUAAAACUACAUCUAUCGACAGCCAAGCUGCUAGAUUGUGCGUUACUAUUACCGGCCACUUCCUUACCGCAGUUCCAAAUGUAUAGAUGGGCCUUCGUCGGAGACGAUUUAGAGCGCCUGAACGAGUCCAAUCAAAUCGCUUUCCUGCCUCACGUGCUUCGCAUAGCCGACCUGAUGGAAAAAAGAUACGUAGACACGCCGAUCGAAACUCUGACUAUGAAACGUAACGAAUUGCUACUAAAAAUGAACAGUAUAUCUCAAUUAAAGGAUUUGCACGGUUUCUUUAAAACGUUGAGUUUGUGUUCGAACCGACAUCGAACCGAGUGCAGUCGAGCUGUCACGAACGAUUAUUUGCUGUUGGACAGGCAGUCCGACAAAAAGAUGGACUUGAUUUUGGAGAAAAUCGACAAGGUGAUCGAGGAAGACUUUCUAGACAGAAUUCCAAGGUGAGGGGGCGUUGCGAAUGCCCAAAGAAAUCAGUAUUAAAUCGGUUGCAUUUUAUUAGGGGACUAAUUGAAUUGAUUUUAUUUAUUUUUGUAUACUGUCCUUUUUUUUUUGUUACACAUUGUCUGUUUGUUUACAUGCAUAUCUAGGUUGUUUAUUAUAUUAUUAUUAAUUAAUUCUAAAAACGUUGAUCUAUUGAUAUAAAUAUUAUUUAUUUUUUAGCUGUAUCUAGUUUUGUUUUAAUAUCCACUGUUAUUUUUUGGCAGGUGCAAUUAAUUUUAUUGUAAAUAUUAGCAUUUAUAACAUUGUGAUUUUAUAUUGUGAUGUAACUAAGAACGUGGACAAUUCUUGUCUAAUUGUUGUAUUAUGUGUAUUUUAACAACCUAAAAAUGUAGUUAAUUAUACAUUUUGCUACAGUAAUAAAUUAUGUUGGGAUAUAUUUU